AAACUCAUCAAAGGCAUAUCAAAGUUAUAUCUGAUAAUGGGUUGCUGCAAAUGAAGCAACAUGACGUAUUAGCAAACACAAACUAUAGCGAACUUAGUUGUGAUAAAAAACUCUCUCUGCAGCAAUACUUUCCCUUCAAUGAAAUAUGAUUACUUUCCAUUACACAGGCGCUGUUUUCCUGUCCCCUAUAGGUUUAGCGCUUUCCCGGGCCCUAUGAAUUUUAUAAUAAUUCAACAUCUUACUGCUUUACCUACAGCCAUGAAUGUCAACCCAGACAACACCAUUAUAUCUUCUUCACCACCACCGUCGUACAGUGAAGCAAUGUCAGGUAGCAGCACCGCCAUAGUUCACAGCAGCUCAGAACCGGCCUUCACACCACCACUGAGAGAUAAUUACACAACUAAUCCGUCACAGGAAACCCCUGGGGCCCUCACAUACACUGCCCCGUGGUUACUACCAACGUUACCCAUCCAAGACUCCCAGACUUUCUGUCCCCCGGGUGCAGAACCCCUGCUGAACAUCCAGGAACUCAUUGUUUAUCCAUCUAGAGGUAGUGUGUUCAAGAUCAAGAAUUCCCAGAAAGAGGUGGUGUUACAAGCAAAAGUGAAAAGCCUUAGUGACUGCUGUGUUUGUUGUGGACCAAAUGCCUACCAAAUGGGCUUUACCAUCAGAACCAUAAACAAGCAAGAGGUAGCCUAUAUGAGAUCUUUUACUGACUCUAUUAACUGGUUCUCUGCAGACGACAGGAUUUUUACGGCUGGUGGAGAAGAAAUUGGCCGCAUCAGUUGCUGUGGUAAACACAGACUGGUGUUACCUGGUAACCUUCCAGUCCAGUCCAAGAUCCUACUGUUGUUUCUUACUCUCAGUCUGCAAUGUGACGAAGACUCCAGGAGGGAGAGAAGCUCAUCCUAGACCUGACUUAUGAUAAUGACCGAGUACACUGUGCAUGGUAGCUGCCUGCAUGAUCACUGUACAUGGUAACUACCUGCAUGAUCACUGUACAUGGUAACUACCUGCAUGAUCACUGUACAUGGUAACUACCUGGAUGAUCACUGUACAUGGUAACUACCUGGAUGAUCACUGUACAUGGUAACUGCCUGGAUGAUCACUGUACAUGGUAACUACCUGGAUGAUCACUGUACAUGGUAACUGUACCCAUGUACAGUUACCAUGUACAAUAUCUGUACAUGGUAACUGUACUUGGUAACUGUACAUGGUAACUGUACAUGGUAACUGUACAUGGUAACUGUACUUGGUAACUGUACAUGGUAACUGUACAUGGUAACUGUACUUACUAACUGUACUUGGUAACUGUACAUGGUAACUGUACAUGGUAACUGUACUUGGUAACUGUACAUGGUAACUGUACAUGGUAACUGUACAUGGUAAUUGUACUUGGUAACUGUACAUGGUAACUGUACAUGGUAACUGUACUUACUAACUGUACUUGGUAACUGUACAUGGUAACUGUACAUGGUAACUGUACUUGGUAACUGUACAUGGUAACUGUACAUGGUAACUGUACAUGGUAACUGUACAUGGUAACUGUACAUGGUAACUGUACAUGGUAACUGUACAUGGUAACUGUACAUGGUAACUGUACAUGGCAACUGUACAUGGUAACUGUACAUGGUAACUGUACAUGGUAACUGUACAUGGUAACUGUACAUGGUAACUGUACAUGGUAACUGUACAUGGUAACUGUACUUGGUAACUGUACAUGGUAACUGUACAUGGUAACUGUACUUACUAACUGUACUUGGUAACUGUACAUGGUAACUGUACAUGGUAACUGUACAUGGUAACUGUACAUGGUAACUGUACAUGGCAACUGUACAUGG